AUGGAGGGGAUGGCGGAGCUGAGCCAGGGGGCGGUGCUGAGCUUCCUCGCCCAGCGCGGGGGCCGAGUCCGCAACGCCGAGCUGCUGGAGCACUUCAAGGGCGCUCUGGGCGGCGAGCCCGAACGGCGGGCCCGCGCCCGCGAGCACUUCAAGCAGCUGGUUAACGCCGUGGCCACGGUCCGCACCGACCCCGCCGAUGGCGCCAAGUACGUGCACCUCAAGAAGAAGUUCAGCGCGGGGCUCCAGCCGCCCGCAGCCGGCCCGCCGCGCCCUCCCAGCCCCCAGGGGGAGCCGGGGGCCGGGCCGGAACGGUCCCCCGACGGCGGCGCCCUUCCCACAGCCCCGCCUCAGAUCUCGGUGAGCUCGGAGCCCGAACCCGGCGGUGACGCUCCGGGGACCCCCGAGGACCCGGGCCUGCCGGGAGAGAGCGAGCCCGCCGAGCAGCCUCCGGAGGAACCGCCCCGCUCCGGGCAGGUGUCCGGGCUCGGUCGGAAGACCUCGCGACCCACCGUGCAGCCCCUGCCCCGAGCACCGCCGCCAGCGCCCGGCGAGGAGCUGGAGCCCCCGGCCCCCGGCUGGGAGGAGGCGGAUGGAGGCUGCUCGCCCGGGGGAGCCACCACCCCGAGGUCCGGCCGCAAGAACUUCCGAGACCUGGUGAUGGGCAGUUCCCCGCAGCUGAAGAGGGGCUUCUUCCCUGGGGGCAGCAGCCCCGGGGGCGUCGCCGGCGGAGGGCGCGCCAAAGGUGGCGGGGACUCGGACAGCGCCUCCCUGGCUUCGUCGUCUGCGGAGGAAGAGAGCGGCGGCGGGGGCUCGGUGACGCUGGACCCACUGGAGCACGCUUGGAUGCUGUCGGCCUCGGACGGCCGCUGGGACAGCCUGGAGGGGCUACUGGCCUGCGAGCCCGGCCUGCUGGCCAAACGGGACUUCAUCACCGGCUUCACCUGCCUGCACUGGGCCGCCAAGCACGGCAAGCAGGAGCUCCUGGCCAUGCUGGUGAACUUCGCCAACAAACACCAGCUGCCGGUGAACGUCAACGCCAGGACCAGCGGGGGCUACACCGCCCUGCACCUGGCGGCCAUGCACGGGCACGUGGAGGUGGUGAAGCUGCUAGUAGGGGCGUACGACGCCGACGUGGACGUCAGGGACUACAGUGGGAAGAAGGCCUCGCAGUACCUCCAUCAGAGCAUCGCCGAGGAGAUCAGGAACCUGGUGGGGGCCUGGGAGGAGGGCGAUGCGGAGAGUGCAGCCGGCAGUGGGGGUGGGCGCUGGAGGCUCUCGCAUCUCAUCACCUCUAGACUCUCACACGCGCUGGAGGAGGGAGGGGACCACCAUCACUCCCACCACCACCACUCCCACCACCAAGCUGAGGCAUGGGUUGGAGGCAAAGCGAAGGAUUCAAGUCGCAAAGCCUCAGGCAGCUCGAGUGGGCGGUUAAAACCCAGACUCAACAAAAUCCGCUUUCGAACCCAGAUCAUCCACACCACGCCUUCGUUCAGGGACCUGGAGCACCCAUUCGAGGAGGAGGAAGAGAAACGAUCUCUUACAAGCCACUCCUCAUCCUUCAAACUGAGACCCAAGUCCAACGUGUUUGGGUAA